AUGGCUCAACAAAUGUUUAACAAAUGGCUGAACACAUGGAUCAACACAUGGCCUAACACAUGGCUCAACACAUGCCUCAACACAUGCCUCAACACAUGGAUCAACACAUGGCCCAACACAUGCCUCAACACAUGGCCCAACUCUUGGCCAAACACAUGGAUCAACACAUGGCCUAACACAUGCCUCAACACAUGGCCCAACUCUUGGCCAAACACAUGGCCCAACACAUGGUCCAACACAUGGCUCAACACAUGGAUCAACACAUGCCUCAACACAUGGUUCAACACAUGCCUCAACACAUGGAUCAACACAUGCCUCAACACAUGGAUCAACACAUGGCCCAACACAUGCCUCAACACAUGGCCCAACACAUGCCUCAACACAUGGUCCAACAAAUGGAUCAACACAUGCCUCAACACAUGCCUCAACACAUGGCUCAACACAUGGAUCAACACAUGCCUCAACACAUGGUUCAACACAUGCCUCAACACAUGGUUCAACACAUGCCUCAACACAUGGCCCAACACAUGCCUCAACACAUGGUCCAACAAAUGGAUCAACACAUGCCUCAACACAUGGCUCAACACAUGGAUCAACACAUGCCUCAUCACAUGGUUCAACACAUGCCUCAACACAUGGUUCAACACAUGCCUCAACACAUGGCCCAACACAUGGAUCAACACAUGCCUCAACACAUGGAUCAACACAUGGCCCAACACAUGCCUCAACACAUGGCCCAACACAUGCCUCAACACAUGGUUCAACACAUGGCCUAACACAUGGCCCAACGCAUGGCUCAACACCUGCCUCAACACACGACCCAACUCUUGGCCAAACACAUGA